AUGAUGAGUUGGUGGUCGUCGUCCGCCAAUACGGCCCUGGACGAGCAGAUCGAGAAAGCCACGAGCAGUAGCCUUGAAGAUAUUGCCCUUAAUCUCGAAAUCUCCGAUGUCAUUAGAUCCAAAACGGUCGCGCCCAAAGAGGCGAUGCGCUCUCUCAAGAGGCGCAUUGGCAACAAGAACCCUAACACCCAACUGAGCGCUUUAAACCUUACCGAUACUUGCGUCAAAAACGGCGGAUCACACUUCCUCGCCGAAGUCGCAUCACGGGAGUUUAUGGACAACCUUGUGUCGCUUCUUCAGGCAGUUGGUGGUGCUGCUGUCAACGCUGACGUGAAAUCAAAAAUUCUCGAGCUUAUACAAUCCUGGGCCGGCGCUACUGAGGGACGAUACGAGCUUUCAUACAUUGGUGAGGUAUACCGAACCUUGCAGCGUGACGGAUAUCAAUUCCCUCCCAAGACAUCAGUGGCCAGCAGCAUGAUUGACAGCAGCGCGCCCCCCGAAUGGACCGAUUCCGACCAAUGUUCCGCCAAGGUGGUUGCGCUCCCUCAUCUCGGCAUCAUGGCGCCUGUGCGAGUUGAUGAUGGGUGUUAUGCGAAACUUACCAACAAGGGUAACAAACUCCCUAACCCGUCGCUCGAUCGAUCACCGACAUACCCCCACAAGACGCGCAGUACCUCUGCGAUGCAACCCCGAAACGCCCGAGUUGACGACGGGUUUGAUGAGGAUCUGAAGAAAGCAUUGGCAAUGAGCUUGGAGGAAGUCAAGACUCAUUCCCACAACCAUGCACCGCCUGCACAAUCUUCGUACACAACCAACGGCGACGCCUCGGCGGUCAAGCAGGCAGAAGAUGAAGAUGAUGACCUCAAGGCCGCAAUCGCCGCGUCCUUGGCCGACAUGGAAGAGCAGAAGAAGAGGCAUGCUGCGGUACUCAAGGAGCAAACAUCCAGUUCCGUCGAUACUUCUUCCUCCACCAACUUUGUUCUUCCCAAGAAUGACUACGAGUUGACUCCUGUUGAAGCAGAGAAUAUUAACCUAUUUGCAACAUUGGUGGACCGUCUUCAGACUCAACCCCCAGGAACCAUCCUUCGUGAACCUCAGAUUCAGGAGCUCUAUGACAGCAUUGGUACAUUGCGGCCCAAGCUAGCAAGGACCUACGGAGAAACCAUGAGCAAGCAUGAUACACUCCUAGAUCUUCAUGCUAAACUCUCGACCGUCGUCCGAUAUUACGACCGUAUGUUGGAGGACAGACUCUCCAAGGCAUACAGCCAACAGAAUCUCGGCGGAUACAACCUACCCCCACCUCGCCAGCCAGCCGGUCCCUAUCCUUCUAUCUCUUCAACUCAGAUGCCAAGCAAUCCUGGCGCUGCGGAAAGCUUCUAUACUGGCCAACCAAGAGCCAGUUACCAGGCUCCUCAACACCAACAAUUCCAACAACCACCGCAUGCAACACCCCAGCCUCAGUAUCCUGCUUAUGGAUCUGUAUCAGAACAACAGACCGGCCAAUAUCCUCCUCAGCAGAUUCAAAGAACCGAUAGCUGGCAAAACAGGGCACCUUCGGCACCUCAAGAUCCGUACCAACAACAGCAGUCACACGAUCCAAACCAACAGACACACAACCAUCAGCAGCCACAGGCAGCAGCCACUAACGACCCCAAUACCUCUUACUACUUCACACCUCAGCAAUCACAGCAGGCCCCUCUCGGGCCAUCCGCUCCAGGAGCUGCACCUGACACUGCUCAAUCACCGUAUCCUAAUCUGCAGCCGUCUUCGCAGUACUCUGGAGGCCCUGCGCCGGUGCCCUCGCAGUCCACGCCAAACCAAACACCCGUCCAGCCGCCCCAGGCGCCUCAGCAACCUGUUCAAUCACCCCAGAUGCAGCACUCUAAACCACAGCAGCCUCAGAUGGGUCAGCAAGUUCCUCCCCCACAACAGCAGCACCAACAACAGGCAUACUGGCAGCCUUCUAUGCCACAGCAGCAUCAGCAGCCACCAGCAGCGCCGCAGAACUGGGCGUAUGGUGGUUACACCCAAGAUUCUUUCCCCUCGGUGCCGCAGCAAGAACCUGCGAAGCAGCCUGUAAAGGAGGAGGCUCUUAUUGAAUUUUAG